GGGCGGGCGGCGGGGCCGGGCUGAGGAGCCGGCGCGGGGGCGACCCUGCCUCCGCCACCUGCGCCACCUCUGCUGGCUUGUCGCGGCAAGUUUGUCGCCCUCCCCUCCUUUGCGGACCUCCUUGGCCGGUCAGCACCGUCCAAACCUGUCGCCAGAUAGAAAACUCGAGCUGGUGGAGGAGGAGGAGGAGGCGUGUGGGAACCCGGUCCGGGAUGAGAGUCUCGUUAAGGGCAGUGGUGGCUUCUUGAACAUCUUUCUUGACUCUUUCCCACCCAGGUACCAUGAAGAUGUGGUGGGUUGGAAUGGAAACGGUUAAUACUCAAACCACGGAUGCUGCUCAGAAAAAUGACGUGUGCAGAGUGAUAGGUUUCCACACCUGGAUUGUCAACUAGGGCAAGUUAUCACCAAUGGCAGUAAAACUUGUUUUCUUGGGGUCAAGGUCUCAUGGGCUAACGGGCUCUCAUUCAGCAGGCACCUAACAGACAAGUCAUCCAGCUGCGUAUCAAGACAAUGCUCGGUUUUAAAACUGCUCUGAGAGUGAUGAGCAGUGCUGCCCAGUGACUUUGUCCGGGGGCAGCAAGCAGCUUGAGUGUUUCCUCUCCACCGCAUAGCAGCUUGAAGGAAGCCCCUUCCCAUUCAGGAGGACUGCAUGGCAGGCAGCCCCCGCUGAAGGCUUGGAAAUGAGCGUCCCAGCGGCUCCUAAGAAGUCGUGCUACACUGAGUUGCGGGACAACAGAAAUGGAGCAAAAAAUAAUAAUGAGAGCAUCCUGAGUCUGGGGGACACCAAUGCCAACCCCGUCAUGUGGGGGGUCAGCUCCUCUCAUGAUGAGCCGGCGACUUGUGACCGGACAGAUGAACUUGGAAAUGCAAAUGCAGGGGGGCCAGAGAAUGGUACCCGGGUCCAUAAGGACUUUCAGCCACUUCAGAGCUUUGGGAAGGGGCCUCAGGCUGGCCCCACCAGCCUGAAGGAUUUAAAAUUUCCUCCGACAGCUCAGAGCGAACUGAGCGUGGAGUCCACGCUGGAAAGAGGCGCAGAGAGCCUGCAGACCCCUCGGGGUCUCCACGGCCCAGGCCGGCCAAGCUGGAGGACUGUCGGGGGCGAGGCCAGUCCCGAGGUCUCAGCCAGGAGGGAGGCUGAAGCUCCCCGGCAUGCUCCCAAGGAUAAGUUGGCCAAGACCCUGGACAGUGAGGAGCUGAGGAGGCGUUCUUUGGAGAGGGCCAGCAGCUCUGCGGUUGCAGGCGACGUGCUCGCUAAGGAGCGCCCCGGGGGCCUGGCCCGGCCACCUCCGCAGCCUGGAGGACUGGGCCCCCCAGAAGCCCUCUGGCUGGUGGCCAGUGGUGGGCAGGGGCCACAGAAGACGGGGACAGUCCCCUUUCCAGGGCCAGCUUGUCCUCCAGCUGCCAGUAACCCUGCGCGUCCUCCGAAACCAUCUACCUCAGAAACCAAGGAGACCACCCCCUUAGAGGCCCGGACUGAGGGCGGGCAGGUACUGAGAGCUAGCGCCCAGAGCACAGCCCCUCCUGCCCGCCCAGAGGGCACCCCGAAUUCCACUCCACUGUUGAGGGAAGUCCUGAGUAAGCCAGAAGCACAGUCGGGCCAGGGAAAGGCAGAGCCCAAGAUGGAGCUGAAACUGGGCCAGCCCAGGCCCAUGCAGGAGUUCAAGUCCACCCAGGUGGAGGGGCUGGGAUGUCCUGGGGAGGAGGAUGUGUCACCCCCGGGGAGAAAGGAGCUGCGUGGGGAAGCACAGCAGGAAGCUGCCGCCGCUGCCGCACUCAGCAGCCUGCCGCACAGCGGUCCUCACCCCCCAGGCGUGGGAAGAGGCAGGAGUGAGCAGGAAAAGAGAGGCCAGGAGGGUUCUCUGCAGACCACCCCCAAACAGAGCCCUGCUCCCCCGAGAGCUGCUGAUAAUCAGCCCACGGGCAGAAUUUCACCAAGUGCAGCUGAGAAGCUGGGUGAAGCGGCGUCCCGCAGCAUCUCACCAGGUGAUGGUCACGCAGCUUUGGUUCCUGCUGAUUCGACUGACAGUGGACCCUCAGAUGCCCGUGAGGAGAGCGGGGUGCUGGGCGGUGGGGACAGGGAUGGUGCUACAGUCUUCACUUCAGAUCCUUCUGUUGGAAAGAGUGAAACUGGGGUCGCUGAGCCCCUCAACCCUCCUCACAGCAGCUCAGAAGCUGGGGAGAGCACAGAGAUCACGACACCCGUGGCUGCGAACAGGCACUGUCUAGAAGAUGCAGUUGAGGUGGACAGCGCCCCAGCAAGAGCGGCUUCUCUUCCCCAGGUCCCAGCGCCCCUCCACCCAGAGACCGCUGUGAACGUGGGCCGCCAGCCUCCACCAGCCAGCGGCGGCUUUCGGGACUCGGGCGUGUUGGGUGGGGACGCAGGGUCCCCCUCGGUCGCCCUGCCUCCCGCCGACAGCGCAGGGUUGUCCAACGCUUCCCCGAAAGUGCCUGACAAGCACGCCUGCCCCAGUGGGAUUUCCAAGCCUGUUGUCGCCCGUCCCGAGGACACACCUGCCGCCCCAGAGGGAAGGGAGGGCCUCCGGGUUGAAAAGACGGAAGAAAGGGCAGACCCCAGGCCUGUCGUCCUGCCCAAGCCCAAGCACGUUAGGCCGAAGAUCAUCACCUACAUCAGGAGGAGCCCUCAGGCCCUCGGCCAGGUGGACGCUUCGCUGGUCCCCGUGGGGCUGCCGUAUGCCCCGCCUGCGUGCGCCGUGCCUCUCCCCAAGGAGGACAAGGCGGUGAGCGGGGACCUGAAGCCGCCUGCCGGCCUCUACGAGAAGUUCAAGCCUGACUUGCAGCGGCCCCGAGUGUUCAGCUCCGGGCUGGUGGUGUCUGGGAUCAAGCCCCCUGGACACCACUUCAGUCAGAUGAGUGAAAAGUUUCUGCAGGAGGUUACAGAACACCCUGGAAAAGAAGAAUUUUGUUCUCCUCCCUAUACUCACUACGAAGUUCCUCCAACCUUCUAUCGAUCGGCCAUGCUCCUUAAGCCCCAGUUGGGAUUGGGCGCCAUGUCUCGUUUACCAUCUGCAAAGAGCAGGAUCCUGAUUGCGAGUCAGAGGUCUUCGGCGAGCGCCAUCCAUCCACCAGGACCCAUAGCGACAGCUGCCAGCCUCUACAGUCCGGAUCCUGCAGCAGACUUAAAGAAAGCUUCCAGUUCAAAUGUCACAAAAUCCAACCUACCAAAAUCUGGACUUCGUCCUCCUGGUUACUCGCGUCUCCCUGCAGCCAAGCUGGCGGCCUUUGGCUUCGUCCGGAGCUCCAGCGUGUCCUCCGUGUCCAGCACACAGUCUGUGGACAGCGCCCAGCCUGAGCCCAGCCGGUUGGCCAACCGUUCAACCUUUGGGACCGAAGACCAGCCAGCUCUGAAGGUGGCUCUGCCUUCCAAAGACACACCCAAGGGGGCCGGUCGGGCGGCCCCUCCAGCCUCUUCCAGUGUGGCAACACCCCGCAGGAGUUUGCUUCCGGCGCCAAAAUCCACGUCCACACCUGCUGGAACAAAGAAAGAAGUACAAAAAGAUCAAGAUGCUAAUAAACCUGCAGUUUCAUCUCCUAAGAGAACAGCGGCUUCAGCCACCAAGCUUCAUUCGCCAGGACACCCCAAGCAGAGGACGGCGGCCCCCCGCAACGGCUUCCCCCCGAAGCCGGACCCGCAGGCGCGCGAGGCGUGUCUGCGUCGCGCAGGGGCGCAUCCGCACGCGGGGGAGGGCUGGGAGCGGCGCGCCGGCUGUCCCCUCCGGGAGGUGGCAUCGCAGGAGCCGAACGCGGCCGCCCUGCGCUGCUCCUCCUCCUCUCGUUCUUCUGGCUCCUGGAUUCCUGAAGUUAUUAGGAGAAAUAAGGAAUUGCCCGCUGACACGCUGAAUGAAGGAGGUCCCCUUGCCAGCCAGCCUGCCGGGAUGGGCCACUGCUGCUGCAAGCCUUACAACUGCCUUCAGUGCCUGGACAAGACGAAUGAAAGUGCCCUUGUGAAAGAGAAAGAGCUGUCAAUCGAACUUGCAAACAUCAGGGAUGAAGUUGCCUUCAAUACCGCGCGGUGCGAGAAGCUGCAGAAGGAGAAGGAGGAGCUGGAGCGGCGGUGUGAGGACCAGCUGCGGAGGCUGGGCUGGCAGCAGCGGGCUGAGCUGCAGGACCUGGAGGAGCGGCUGCAGCUGCAGUUCGAGGCGGAGAUGGCCCGGCUCCAGGAGGAGCACCGGGCGCAGCUGCUGCGGAUCCGCUGUCAGCACCAGGAGCAGGUGGAAGACAUCACCGCCAGCCAUGAGGCUGCUCUCCUCGAGAUGGAAAACAGCCACACGGUUGCCAUCGCGAUCCUGCAGGAUGACCACGACCACAAGGUCCAAGAACUGAUCUCUACCCAUGAGCUUGAAAAGAAAGAAUUAGAAGAAAAUUUUGAAAAGCUGCGGCUGUCCCUCCAGGACCAGGUGGACACACUGACCUUCCAGAGCCAGUCUCUGCGGGACCGAGCCCGGCGCUUCGAAGAGGCUUUGAGGAAAAACACUGAAGAGCAGCUGGAGGUUGCCCUGGCUCCUUAUCAGCACUUGGAGGAAGACAUGAAGAGUCUGAAGCAGGUGUUAGAGAUGAAGAAUCAGCAAAUACACCAGCAGGAAAAGAAGAUUAUUGAGCUGGAAAAGCUGGCGGAAAAGAACAUUAUCCUGGAAGAAAAGAUCCAAGUUCUCCAGCAGCAGAAUGAAGACCUCAAAGCCAGGAUCGAUCAGAACACAGUUGUCACGAGACAGCUGUCGGAGGAAAACGCCAAUCUCCAGGAGUACGUGGAGAAGGAAACCCAGGAGAAGAAGAGACUGAGCCGGACCAACGAAGAGCUGCUUUGGAAGCUCCAAACUGGGGACCCAACCAGCCCGAUUAAACUGUCCCCCACAUCCCCCGUUUACCGCGGCUCCUCCUCCUCCGGUCCCUCCUCUCCCGCCAGAGUCAGCACGACGCCCAGAUGACGCCACCACGCAGCCGGCGGAGCUGCGGCGCCCGGUCCACGCGGGCUUCCACCUCGUGGGAGUGUUGGCCAUGGGCCGGCUCAGCUCGCCCCGCGCGCAUGCCCAGUAGCUGCAUAGCUGCAUCCCAGGCUGAGUCCUCUUCUGAUCCUCGUGUAAGACUGUCCUGGUACUGGCCCUUAGGCAAGUGUAAACGGUAGUGUCUGAUGUGCAAACGUUUGACCAUAGUUAGAACCAAAAGAGAGAAAUGCCAAUUGUUCUUGAGCAAUGAACUUUUCCACUGCAGAAUUUCAGGUUAGUUACAACUAGCUCAGUUUUGAGUACCCAUUGACUACGCAUUGUGUACUGCACCGAUAUGUGUGUAUAUUUAGAUACACGUAUAUACACAUGCAGCAGUUCUGAAUUGCAUUUUUUAUAACAUGAAGUGCUGACAUAUUUUGGUGACGGUCAGCAGUUUUCUAACUUGUGCCUCAGAAUUAUUGGGAAAUGAAAACGCAUUUCUAUCUAGCUUCCCAGGAAUAUUUCUACCCAAAAUAGAAAAAGGAAAAAAAAAAAGAUACAGAGAAGAAGCGCCUUUCAACCUACCACCAAGUGGUACUCUGUUUAACACAAACACCAGCCAUUCAUGAACGGUAACUGCAUUUGGAACAAUCAGCUUCUUAGUCAACAUGACAUGAGGUCACUGUUACUCCAUCCGCAAGUUUUAAUUAUUAA